AAAAAAAAAUUAAGAGAGAAAAAAAAAAGCACGGAAGAAUUGGGAAGGCUAGCUCCAACAACAAACAAACAACAAUGGGAGAGACUAGGGUCUGGUUGGAUUUUUCUCUUCUUCUUUCUCCAUACUUGAAGUAAUCCAACGUCCAACCCUGGCUCGAAUUAGAAAAAGAAACAAAAAAAAAUGUUGAACAUUACUUCAUACGUUGCUGGCCUUUUUUUGAAAUAAACUUAUUUCUAGCUCUAGCCAUCCUUUCUUCUUGAUAACAGGUUACAGGGAACCUAAUAGCGGGUCGAACGACAAACGAACGACGACAAACUCCCCCACACAUAGAAAAGCCAUUUACUGGGGGUUGAAAGAAAAGGUGCUUGAGCUUCACGGCGGGGAGCUUCUUUUCGAGGAACUUGUCGGUGGGAUCGCUGGUUGAUUUUAUUGUCCUUCUUUUGCUCAAAGAACAGCUUCUUUUCGCAGUUUCGCAGUUGUCAUUUUGCCAGCCUAGGGUUCCCUCCCUCUCAACUCAGCAGAGACCGAAACCACCUACUCCCCCCAAACGCUGGCACGAACCUUUCGUGGCUUGCCUCACAAAAACGAUUUCCGGUCCCUCCACACCCACGCAUACAUACGAUAACCACGGUUAAAAAAAUAAUGGUCGUCAUACAGGGCCGCCAUCGAGGCGCCAGGCAAUAUAGCGUUCCCAGCGUAUUACCUCUUCUUUUGGCAGCAUGCCUGUUCCUCGGACCGGCAAAUGCCUCUGUUGGUGACAGGUUACCAGAAUUCCGGGAUUGCGUUCAGGUCUGCAUGCGCGAGAACUGCGAAGCUGUCACUUUUGCACACAAGGUCGAGACACCGCUCAUAAACCGUCUCCUCUUCUGGAGCUGCCCGGCCGAGUGCGACUACACGUGUCAGCACAUAAUCACGAGCGACCGCAUCGAGUCCGGUCAGCCCGUGGUCCAGUUCCACGGCAAGUGGCCGUUUUACCGCGUCCUGGGCAUGCAGGAGCCCUUCUCCGUCAUAUUCUCGGCCGGAAACCUCUACGCCCACCUGCUCGGCUUCAGGUGGCUCCGCCGCCACAUCCCCGAGUCGUACCCGCUGCGCAAGUACUACGUCGGCUUCUCCUAUGCGGGCAUUGCCUCGUGGCUCUUCAGCAUCAUCUUCCACACCCGCGACACCAACGCCACCGAGCAGCUCGACUACUUUGCCGCCGGCGCCAGCGUGCUGUACGGUCUGUACCUGGCCGUCAUCCGCAUAUUUCGCCUCGACCGGCCCGGCUCCACCGACGGCGGCAAGACGCCCACCGGUAACGCUUCAUCCUCAUCCUCGUCCUCUUCGCCCUCGACCAGCACCACCACCACGCCGCGCGCCAUCCGCCUCUGGACCGCCGCCUGCCUGACGGCCUACGGCUGCCACGUCGCAUACCUCAAGCUCGUGCGUUGGGACUAUGGCUACAACAUGGCCGCCAACGUCUGCGUGGGCCUGGCGCAGAACGUCCUGUGGAGCGCCUUCUCGUACCGCAAGUACAAGAGGGAGGGCAGGACCUGGGCCACGUACCCGGGCCUGGCAGUCGCCUGGAUCAUGUUGGCCAUGAGCCUGGAGCUCUUUGACUUUCCGCCGCUAUGGGGCGCCCUCGACGCCCACGCGCUGUGGCACUUGGGCACUAUUGCGCCUACUAUUCUUUGGUAUAGCUUUCUGGUUAACGAUGCCCAGGACGACAUGGCAGCAGCAGAAAGAUUCAAGGAUUGAGAGUUUGAGAUUUGCGAGGGAGUUCGUGUACAGAGACGUAAGAAGAAAAGAGAGAGAAAAAAAAGUAAUAUCUCGCGUCUUCAUUUUGCCAAUGCUUAUGAAUGCUGUUGCGUUGGAAUAUAUGCCCCCCUCCGAAUAUACAUAUAUACAUAAUAAUGAAAAACAACCGAAUAGAAAAUAAUACAAGAAAUAUAAACAAA